AUGGAGAGAUGUGUAUCCUCGGAGGUGGAGAGUGAAGAGUUGGAUGAAGAGAUGCAUGACGAAUUGGGUGAAGUGGUGGAAGCGAUGAGUGAGGUGAUGGAGGUGGAGGUUGUGGUGGAGAUGGAGUUGGAGAGUGAUGGUGUGGAUGGUAGUGAAAGUGGUGGUGGUGGUGUUGGUGGAGGUUGCAGUGAGAGUGGCUGUGAUGGAGUGUAG